AUGACUGAUCGAGAAAGACUCGGAGUUCUGAAACCACCAAGAAACGCCGGUCUCUUGAUGCUUUUGGGCUGUUACGCCAGCGUGGAGCAAGAGGCGAUAAAGGAAGACCUUGAAGAGAGAAGAGCAGAAGUGCUGGCUGAAGCUGCAGAGGCGGGAGAAAGCAUACGCUGUGCCCGCCGAGACUUCGCCAGUAGCAAGAUGAGGAUGACUACUCUCCGGAGCCCGAAGGGAACAACCAUUGCAUCAAGAAGGGGGAUAGAGAAAAUCAUCUAUGACUUCUAUUCUCAUCUCUUCGACAGCCAUGUCCACUUGCCUAAUCACCAUCUGAGGGAAGAUGGACAUGUCAUUCCAGAGGUUCUCCCGUCCGAAAUACGACAUGCUAUCAUGUCGGAAAGAAAACGUACGGCAUACGGCCCAAACAGAAUAAGACAAGAACACCUGAGAAACCUUCUGCCAGUACUCAUCAACACCCUGGCGAGGAUCUUUACACGUUACCUGUCGGAAUGCAAGAUUCCUAAACAGUGGAAGAUCAGCAAGACCGUGUUGCUGUAUAAAAAGGGAGAUCCACAUGACAUCGGCAACUAUCACCCAAUCUGCUUACUGUACAUCUACAACCUCUUUAGAAGAGUGAUCCUUAAAAGGAUUGAGAAAGUAUUGGAUGAAGGACGCGAGCAUGCGAGCAAGCAGGGUUUUGAAAAGGAUUCAGCACGAUUGACCACAUUCACACCGUUUCGAAACUCAUCGAGGUAUCACGAGAGUACAAGAUGCACCGCUGUCACACCUUCAUCGUCUUCAAGAAGGCCUUCGACUCAGUUGAGACGGAAGCGGUCAUGGAAGCCUUGA